GACAAAUUGGAUGGAUAAAGUCUGAGUCACAUUUUAACCACUUCAAAGACAGGUCUGAAUGGGCCAAAUCAUCACGUGAUAGCAGCAACUGCGUUCCUUGCGCACGUCCACACGUCUCUCCUGGCCAUCCCUUUCACGCAUUCGCAAGAGUCGAGACAAGACGAGACGAAGCAUUGGACCGCGAUGCUCUCAGUUCUCCUCCCUCACACACACCGCCAACAUCUUCAAAUCCUUCGUGAAAACAUUUGCGGGAGCCACAUCACGCCGAAAUGAUCUCUCUGCUGCCAGCAACGAGGCAAGCUCUGCGCACCAGCAGCAGUAGCAGCGCCAUCCGCCGUCCUCUACUCUCACCUGCGGCCCUUCCCGCAGCUUGCCUCUCUCGCUCCUUGCAGACCACUGUCCGCGCUCAGGCCGUCUCCAAGCGCUUCACCGCAGAGCACGAAUGGGUCUCUUUCGAUGAUGCUACGAACAUCGGAAAAGUCGGCAUCACGGACUACGCCCAGAAAUCUCUGGGAGAUGUGGUGUACGUCGAACUGCCCAGUGAGGGCAGCACUGUGGAUAUGGGCGAGCAAAUCGGAGCUGUGGAGUCCGUCAAGGCUGCGUCCGACAUCUACUCGCCUGUGAGCGGUGUGAUCGAGAGCGUCAACGACCAGCUCGGUAAUGAGCCUGGCUUGCUGAACAAGAGCCCUGAGGACAAGGGCUGGCUGUGCGCUAUCAAGCUUGCCUCUCCCAACGAAUUCGAGACUUUGCUGGACGAGAAAGCGUACCAGGCUCUGUGCGAAGACUCGUAGACCGAUCGACGGCACACGCAAGUCGAAUGAGUGGCGACGCUGCGCACAAAGCGACGCUUGCUCUGCGCUCAGAAAAGCGUGUCAUGGGUGUGGGAGAGUAAUCAAUAAUGUCCGUCGGAUUUGUGUUCUUUGGGAGAGAAUCGCGUCAGUAGCCACUGUGAAACCGUAUUUUUCGAGUCCUGGCAAGCUCAUCUAGCGGACGGCCGAAAUAGAGCUUCGCGCC